AUGGCGGAACAAGACCCUACCCCGGAGAACAAAACGAUGAUGCAGGGAUUUGAGUGGUAUGUUCCCGCAGAUCAGAAGCACUGGGUCCGUCUCGAGAAGCACAUUCCGCAACUCAAGCACUGGGGAGUCGACAACAUAUGGGUUCCACCCGGCUGCAAAGCCUCGUCAAAGGAAGGAAACGGAUAUGAUAUCUAUGACCUGCAUGUGCUCCUAUCUCUUGAUGAGCCAUAUGACUUGGGCGAGUUCGACCAGAAGGGCUCAGUGGCCACCAAAUGGGGCACCAAGGAGGAACUGGUGAAACUGUGCGACACAGCCAAAAAGAAUGACGUGGGUAUUUAUUGGGAUGCUGUUCUGAACCACAGGUUCGCCGCCGAUCGCAAAGAGAAGUGCCAGGCGGUCGAGGUCGACGAAAACGACCGAAACAAGACUAUCAGUGAUCAGUAUGAGAUUGAGGCUUGGGUUGGCUUCACAUUUCCUGGCAGAGGUGAAAAGUACAGCAAGCAAAAAUACCACUGGUACCACUUUGGUGGUGUCGACUACAACGCUGCCAACGAGAAGACGGCAAUCUAUAAGAUUGUAGGUGACAAGUCGACUGGCUGGGCCGACGUACCGGAUGUGGACGACGAGAAGGGAAACUACGACUUUUUAAUGGGCUCUGAUCUCGACUACUCCCAUCCCGAAGUCGAAGCAGACGUGCUGGCAUGGGGCAAAUGGAUCGCCAAAACAAUUCCCCUCAAAGGCAUGAGGUUCGACGCCAUCAAACACUAUAGUGAGGAGUUUCUGCGCAAGUUUAUCACGAAUAUGGAUGAGUCCUUUGGCCGAAAUUGGUUUUUUGUUGGGGAGUUCUGGAAGGACAGUCUCGACGACAUGAAGAAUUACCUCGAGCGGAUGGGGAGAAAGUUUACCCUCUUUGACGCACCUCUGGUCUACAACUUUAGUGAGAUUAGCCAAGGCGACGGAGCUGACAUGCGGAAGGUUUUUGAUGACACGUUGGUCCAGAGCAUGCCGAUCAACGCGGUUACGCUUGUGAUGAACCACGAUACGCAGCCCUACCAAGCCCUCGAGGUGCAAAUCGCCGACUGGUUCAAGCCCCUAGCUUACUCGCUGAUCUUACUCCGAAACGAAGGCUACCCCUGCGUAUGGUACGGCGAUUUGUAUGGCAUCAAGGGCGAGCACCCGUUUCCACCGUCAUGCGGCGGGUCACUGCCCAAAUUGUUGCUUGCGCGUAAGCUCUACUCUUACGGCAAGCAGGCCGAUUACUUUGACUAUGCUACAUGCCUUGGCUGGGUUCGAUACGGUACCCACGAUCGUCCGGCUGGUUGCGCAGUGGUCAUUAGCAAUGCCGGCCCUGGUGAGAAGAGAAUGCAUGUCGGUGAGAUGCACGCAGGUGAGAAGUGGACUGAUGUCCUAGGCUGGAGCAACGAUGAAAUCAUCAUUGGUGAUGAUGGCUUCGCAACAUUCCCUUGCGGACAAUGCAGCGUGAGCGUAUGGGUCAAACAUGACGCUGAAGGAAGGGAACGCUUCGACGAGAAAUUUGACAGCGACAUCUACGAAGAAGAAUCUAACUGA